CUAAAGAUAACAUUUCGACAGACAAAUGAAGACAGUGCUAAGUUAGCCAGCUUUAAUUUUUAGACUUAGAUAUUUUUAUACUCAAAAUAAUAAUGAAGUCAAAUAAAACACGGGCUAUAAGCCCUCUGGUUAUUCAAUGUUUCGUAACAACGGGCGUGUCUCUCAACAUGUCCGGACUGGGUCUCGGGACAGGCUUCACCACUGGUCUACUGCCUCAGCUGCGCCAACCUGACUCCGACAUUCGAAUCGACGACACCUCCGCUUCUUGGAUUGCGUCCCUGCCUGGAAUCAGCAUCGUCCUGGGGAAUCUUAUCAUUUCCGCCAUCAUGAGCAGAUUCGGGAGGCGAAAAGCAAAUUUAUGCAGCUUACUAGUUUCUGCUACCGGCUGGCUUUGUAUAAUGCUGUCCAAUUCUGUCACCAUCCUGUAUUUAGCACGGCUAAUCCAAGGUAUUGGAAUGGGAAUGAUCGGCGCUCUGGGUCCUAUCUUAAUUGGAGAGUAUACGAGCCCAAAGAACCGUGGCAUUUUCUUAAUGACCAUAUCAUUGUCCUUCAGCAUCGGAGUGUUAGCAAGUCAGACUAUGGUCGUAUAUUUACAUUGGAAGACUUGCGCUGCUCUGUGUAUUGGUAUCGUCUCUGUUGCGACACUUAUUGUUCUACUUUCACCGGAAUCACCUACGUUUUUGGCUGAUAAAGAAAGGUAUGACGAGUGCAGGAAAACAUUCGUAUAUCUCAGAGGUGAUUUGGAGAAUGAAGAAUUGGAGAAGAUGAUAGCAACUCGAAUGAAAGCGAAGGAGGAACAGAUUGAAGAUAAAGCUAUGAGUGUGAAAGAAACACUCGUUGCAAAGAUGAGUUAUUUGACGCAGGCUUUUAAGAAGAAAGAGGUUUACAAGCCGAUACUGAUUAUGUUUCAUGUGUUUGCGAUGGGGCAGUGGUGUGGAGUUAACAUUAUGACGUCAUUCACGUCAAAUUUGUUCGAGAAAGUGGUCGGUUUGGAUGCAGGAAUCAGCAUUCCUCUGAUGAUAGUGUUAGUCGGGCUUCACAGAGUCCUAGGGAACAUAGUUGGGAUGGUUUUCAUCAAGACAUUGAGACGCAGAGUGGUGUUGUUUACGACUAUCAGCUUGAACGUUGUGGCUCUGUUCGCGAUAGCUGCUUACACUUACGCGAGAGACAACAAUUAUCUGCCGUUUGACGAGCCCGCUGUUGGUAUAAUUCUGGUCCACAUCCACAUGUUCUCUGUAGCAACUGGAGCGAUUCCUUUAGCGUUUGUUCUGGCCGGGGAACUCUUCCCGAUGGAGUAUAAGAGCCUGUGUGGAGGCUUCGGAAUGGUAUUCUAUUCUCUAGGCCUAUUCAUGAAUAUGAAGACUGUUCUGUUAUUAUUUAACAAUUGGGGUAUAUCUGGCACUUACUGCCUUUACGCUGGUAUAGUGCUGUAUUGUUUGGUAGUCGUAGGAGUGCUUCUACCAGAAACUAAAGAUAAGACUCUGUUGGAAAUAGAGGAAGGCUUUAGAAGAAAGAAAUAAUUUUCCAGACGUCAUCUAACCUCUUAGAUAUCAUUCAAGUUUAAAAUGAGGCAGAGAGUACUGCUAUACUUCUAAUUUGUUUGCUCUAUACAGCGUGGUUUUCAUUGUAUAUUAGACACAAGCAGGUCUAUCAAACACAUGGCAACCGUAACAGCUCUGAUGAUAACCAGAAGCGAAUAUCGAAAUAGCUAAAGACAAGUUGUGCCCGCGACAUCGUCCACGUGUAAUAUUAUUUUGGGCAUCAUUGAAACCCUCAAGGAUGAAUAAUUUCCCCCGUUUUUUCACAUUUUCCAUUAUUUCCUCGCUCCUAAUAGUUGCAGCAUGAUGUUUAUCGCCUAAAGCCUUCCUCGAUAAAUGGUCUAUUCAACACAAAAAUAAUUUUUCACUUCGAAUCAGUAGUUCCUGAGAUUAGCGCGUUCAAACAAACAAACUCUUCAGCUUUAUAAUAUUAGUAUACAUAGAUAAUCUAUGUAUUCUUCUUUUAGGCGAUGGGCUAGCAACCUGUCACUAUUUGAAUCUCAAUUGUAUCAUUGAGCCAAACAGCUGAACGUGGCCUACCGGUCUCUUCAAGAUUGUUGGCAUUGUCUACCCCGCAGGUCAAUAUAAAUUUAAGCAUUCCCUGGGAUCUCUAAGUUACUGUUAUUCGGGGGUGCUCUAAGUGUGAUAAUAAAUCGCUCCAGCACGUCUUGUAGUCUUGAAAAAAAAAACAAAUUGUUUUUUUACUUAUAUGUUUAUUGUUAUUAAUAAAUAAUUAUUUAUUUUC